AUUCCACCCGGUUUGUUGUUCCGUAAGCGCAACAAUGGAACAUGUGAAUUUCGUACUGAAAUCGGUGGCUAUCCAGCGCUAAGACUAUGUCAGAACUGGUGGAAUGCGCAAGACAUCGUGCAGGAAUAUUCGGUUGAUGAGAUCGUUCUGGGGAUGGCAUCGCAAAUAUCCGAACGUGAGGACAGCAUUGUCGUUGAGGAUCUUAGAGGACCAAAAAGCAUGGUUACAUUUCUGAAAAUGGGGCAAAUGAAUAUGCUCAAGUUGAAGGUUUUCUUCUGGAAAGACGGUGAUCCUUGCCCUCAACCUUUCCAAGUGAACACAACCGGUCUUGAGCCAUGCAUCCCAUUCAUGCGCUUUGAUCAUUUCACUGGCAAUGAAGUCACGUACAUAUUUUCAUGUAUUGCACUAGGCAUUAUACCACUCGUUUGUAUCGGAAUUGGUUAUCUUCUGAUACAAAAACGUAAGAAAAUGGGCUGUGAAGUACCGCCUUGCUUCAAGACGGCUAGUCCAACGCGCAAUGAACAAAUCAGUGCAGUGUUCACGGUCGAGCAGCUUAAAAGCAGCGCCAAUGAGAAAGAGAUUUUGAAUAUGCCAGUGAUUGAGUGGAUCAAUGACAAUUUCUGUCGAGCGGUUGCGUUGAUUGUUGACGUACGGCCAUCGAUACGUCUCGAGAAGCGUCGUGGUGGUUUGUUGAGAUAUAUGGAUUUGGAUGAUGUGAGCAUACUCGAGGUGACCAUCUCUGAGCCGCACUCCAAUUCAGUGCAUGGCCCAUUCGUACUCUUCUCAGUGCCAAAACACUACGAUGUUGUUGUUCGACUUCAAAGCGAUAUACACUGCAAACAACUGAUUCGUGCGCUUAGUGAUCAAAUGGAAAAGAGCAACAAACAGUUAUUGGUGCGACAAUGCAGCAAUCAGAAAAUUUUAGAGAUGGCUGAAACACAAGAACGACGUCAGAAGAAAUUGGAUCAUUUCUUUAGAGAAGCAUAUUCGAAGGCAUUCAAUGCUCCGCAGUUGUCCGAUCAUUCAACGCAAUGGAGUGAAACAGUGUCAAAGGAGGUACUCGGAACAACAGUCACGAAAGCUGAGUUAGCCGAUGCACUCGGCAUGAAAGAGUCUGACCUCUUCGUUGAGCGGAUGUUCGCGUGCAUGACCGGUCAACACUCCACUCAAGUCACUUUCCAAGAAUUCCUUGACGUCGUCUCUAGAUUCACUACUGGAUCAUUACGCAAUAAAUUGGAAUUGAUCUUCGAUAUGUGCGAUCGAUCGGGUAACGGUCGCGUUGAGAAGCAUGAAUUCAUUGAAUUCGUGAAAUCUUUGAACGAUGCGGCUGGUGUGCGUAUCGAGGAGGCACUUCAAGAUCACAUCAUCAAUUCGGUGCUCGAGACGUCUGGCAUUCACUCUGAAUCGACGAUCUUGUCCUAUAAAGAUUUCGAGUCGAUAUUCAAUCAGAUCGAUGAUAUACGACGACCAGUUGGCGUUCAUAUGAGAGGCGCCAAACUCAAAAUAAAUCUUAGAGAAACAGAUAGUUUGAACAGUUUCGCGAUACACGAAGAGGAGACGAAGAGUUGUGCGAACAGCUGCAUCAAUCAUGUACUUUCGUAUCUCGAAACUUAUCGUCAACACAUUGUCAUUUUGUUCAUGUUCACCGCUAUCAACCUAUUGCUUUUCUUCGAACGAUUCUGGCAUUAUCGCUACGAGACUGAGCAUCGUGAUUUGCGUCGUGUUAUGGGCGUUGGGAUUGCGAUCACUCGAGGUGCGGCCGCAUCGCUGUCGUUCUGCAUGGGACUCAUACUCACUACGGUGUGCCGGAAUGUGAUCACGAUUCUUCGUGAGACUCCGCUUGGUGAAUACGUUCCGUUCGACUCGGCCAUUACAUUCCACAAAAUAGUCGCCAUCUUAGCCGGUUUCUGGGCUGCCGUACAUACGGUUGGUCACUGUAUCAACUUCUAUCAUGUGGCCACACAGAGUCAAGAUGGUCUUCAAUGCCUCUUCCGAGAAGCCGUAUUCGGAUCAAACUUCUUACCGUCGAUCAGUUAUUGGUUCUAUGGCACACUGACUGGAAUCACUGGCAUACUAUUGGUGGCCAUAAUGAGCAUCAUAUACGUGUUCUCAGCACCAGCCGUNCAAUCCCCAAAAUUCUCGUAUUACAUCAUUGGGCCGACGAUACUGUUGAUUAUUGAUCGUAUUAUCGGUAUGAGACAACAAUAUAAGAAACUCCAAAUAUUACGUGCAUCAAUUCUGCCAUCAGAUAUAAUCUACAUUGAAUUCAAACGACCGCAUUCGUUCCGAUUCCGCUCCGGACAGUGGGUACAAGUGUCGUGUCCUGCCUUCUCGUGCACAUUCAACGAAGUGCAUGCAUUCUCGUUAGCAUCAGCGCCGCAAGCGCCCACUCUCGAGUUGUACAUCAAAGCUGUAGGUCCGUGGACUUGGAAUCUACGCAAUGAGCUACUCAGCUCUUAUGCCAACAACACACCUCUGCCCGUUCUUCACAUUAAUGGUCCAUAUGGCGAUGGUAAUCAGGAUUGGCAUCAGUAUGAGGUGGCUGUUCUGAUUGGUGGGGGAAUUGGAAUUACGCCCUAUGCAUCAACACUUACCGAUCUAGUUUUGGAGAAAUCAUCUGGCAAAUAUACAGAUAUAAAAUGCAGAAAGGUUUACUUCAUUUGGAUUUGUCCAACGCAUAAGAAUUACGAGUGGUUCAUAGACGUGCUGAAGAAUGUUGAACAGCUGGAUAAGAAGAACAUCCUCGAGACACAUAUAUUCGUAACACAAUUCUUCCAUAAGUUCGACUUACGAACAACAAUGCUGUACAUUUGUGAGAAGCACUUCCGUGGUAGUGCAGAUGGACGAAGUAUGUUCACCGGCUUGAAGGCAUCAAAUCACUUCGGAAGACCCAAUUUUGCGGCUUUCUUCAAAUUUUUACACAGUAAACAUAAGGAGGACAGUGGUUAUCACGUUCGGGCGUUCCAUUAA